AUUUGAUGGGUCAUCUUCUUCUUAUUCUAUCUCCAUUUGCAUCAAAUUCCACUCUUUCACUUACUAGAGCUUCUCUUUGCCUUUCAAAUCCAAAACCCAGUUUACAAAAUCCAAACCCAGAAGUUAAAAAACCAAUACUUUUACCCAGUUUACUCUCUUUGGCUCUCAGUGCGACCUUAAUCUCCUCUCCUUUACCUUCUCUGGCAAUCCCUUCCAUCAGUUCUCAGUCCUCUUUGCUCUCUCCCACCACACCAUUUUCUCAAUCUAAGAAUUUAGAGACCGGACUGGAUAAUGGGAAAAUCAGACCUUGCCCGUCAACAAAUCCUGGCUGUAUAUCAACAAAUCCUAGAUCAUCAUCAUUUGCAUUCCCAUUGAAGAUACCAGAACGGUCCUCUGAGAAUGCAAUUCAGAAAUUGCAAGAAGCAAUCUUGAAAACUCAGAAAAAUGCAAAAAUUCAGGUCGUGGAAGACACCCCUGAUGGCCAAUAUUUACAAGCUGAGGUUGAUGGAGGGUUCAACGCUCGAGAUGUGGUGGAGUUUUUGGUGAAGGAAGAUCUGGCUGCUUACAGGUGUAUGGCCACAAAAGUAACAUAUAUCUACCCUUUUACGACAGCUUUAGGGGAUUCAAAGGGACAAGAGGAAAGAAUGAAGAAAAUUAUAGACGAAUUGGGCUGGUAUGCACCAAGUUUUGACUCCAUGGACUAGAAUCUUCGAUACAAAGAGACUGUAUUGUAGGUAAUUCUUGCAACAUGGUUUUUAUAGGGAGAUUGCUUUUUAAAUUUAGUCAACAAUGUGAUAGAAAACAUGAAUGGAUGUCAGUGUAAGUAUCAAAUUUUAGUUAUUAUUUUAUUUUCUUUUUGUAAUUUUCAUUACUUUUAAGGCCAGAACUUUGUUCCUCAAUUUGAGUUCUUUAAUUGCACUGGUGUUGUCAUCAAGCCUUUCCUACCGACCUUUGUUUAUCUUUUUGCUAUAUGGGUAAUUGCCUUCGAAGGCAAGAAAUGAAUCAGAUUUAAUCAAGCUGUUAAGUACCAUAACAUUAAGUUA